AUGGAUCCAUUUACAAUUUCCGAAAUUAACAGAGUCUCAUUAGAAUCACUUGCCAUGCAAAUCGUCAGUAUGAACCUCGGAAUUUCACCGCUUGAAUUUCCAUUUAUUGAAAAGCCAAAUAUGGGUGAAUUAGAAGAAGCAAUAGAAAGCUUGUGGAGGCAGGGAAUAUUGGAAGUUGGUAAUAUGAAGACCUUGACAUCUUUGGGCAAGAUAAUAGCGAGCAUUCCAGUGGAAAUUCCAAUUGCAAAAGUUCUAAUAUAUGGUUGUAUUUUUGAACAAGUCGAACCGUCGUUAACAAUUGCUGCAAGUUUAGCAACUAGUUCACCUUUCACCAAUCGAUCGUUUCGGGAACCGGAUAUACUGGACCGAAGAAAAAAUAUUAUGUCUGAUAGCGGUGAUCCAUUUGCACUGAUUAAUGCAUAUCGAGAAUUUGUGGAAAUGCAAGCUGAACGUGAUGAUAUACGUCGAUGGGGUAGGGAGAAGGGAAUCGAUAUUCAACGCAUGCAGUUACGACGUCAAUUCAAAGAAUUAUUGGAACAUAGUGGUAUCUUGGAAACACAAAGUGACAUGGACAGUCGUGAGCGUCGUAUUAACGCUGGUGAUAGAAAGCGUCUCAAUGAACUGAAGAAAGAUGCUCGUUACGAAGUGAAGAAACGGAAAGUAUUGAAACCGGAAGCUCAUUUCGAUACAAUAAUGGAUUCUGAAGCUAUUUUUUUUUUCGGUAAUCUUUCACUUAUGGAUAAUGUCCAAGCUAUUGAAUUUUACAUGGAAAAUCGUGAAAGUGGUAUUCGGAAUAUUUUAAAGUCUCAUCGGUUGAAUGAUGCCACAUUUUCGAUCCUGAAAUUCAUUGUCACGGCUGGUGUCCAUCCACAGUAUGCCAUACUGGACCAGUAUAAUUCGUAUAAAAUCGGAAAUGAACUUUUUGCUCAUACGCGAAGAAAGCCAUUUGCUGCCUUACAUCCAAAUAGUUGUCUAUCACUUUCGCCAGAAGCUUUGGAUUAUGAUCGUAGUGACAAGGGUUUAUCGAAUUAUCACCAGCUAAUUUCGUUUGCGUCAUUUAUAGAAACUACAAAGCCAUAUAUUUGCAACAGUUUACGUGUACCAGCGCUAGCUUUAUUGUUGCUGUCGAAAUCGGUAAUAUGUUCGGAAAAUGAUUGUUCAAUUAUUUGUGACGAUUUUAUCAGCUAUAAAUUCCCACGAAUCAUGGAAUUUUUCACUGUCGUGGAGCAGGCAUGUGCGACUCGCCGACAACUUGCCAGAGCUCUUAGAAGAGGUCUUGAAGGGGAUCUUUCCGAUAGUCAUGCACUUGCUAAAAGUGUGGUGUCAUUUUUGAGAUCAAACGUUGAAUAUAUUAUGACUCGUCGUGCUUGUCCGGAGGAUAAUAGAGAGCUCGGUUUCAUACUUCCAUCGGGCGAGAAGCUGGACGAAAACGAUGAUCAAGAAAUACUAACAUCGAUGCGACUUUAUGAAGCCCAAAAUGAUUCAAAGCUAGAUGAUGAGCUUGCAAUUAAUAAAACUGCCGAAAAGAAACCAAGCAUUGAGUAUUUUUGUGAUGUCUGUCAAAAGAUUCUUUUUUUUGGUACAACUUUCGAUGUUUUGAGGCAUAAGAAAUCUCAUUAA